UUUAAGAGCUAAAGCGCGCUCCCGCCUGCGACCGUUUAUUUUUAUUGUUGCUCCUGGCGAGAUCCAGUAAAGAGCUACAGGGAAGGAAAACCGGUUCAUGAAGUUAUUUUGUUUUGUUUGCUGUUUCUGCAUUUCCCAGUAGAGGAGCAGUGUGACAUGGAGAGGAGUGAUGUGCUGAUCGCAGUGUUUCGAUGAGAGGGUGACUGAAGACGUUAGUGCGGGGCGGACGGAGUGUGAAGAAAUCCCGUCUACAAUUGUCUCUCAGUCAGCUGUACCGAAAAAAAAACAGCCUGAAAAAUGGAGGACAAGAGGAAGAAAAGGAGCCCCAAGGUGUCUCUCCCCCAACCGCCUCCUCCACCGGUGAACCCGCGUAAACUCUCCGUCCUUCCGGCCAGCAAGAGCGCCACCUUCUCUCUGGGACUCCCCCAGCCGCCGUCCCCUAAACCCCGGGGCAAGUACAAGAGAUCCGUAGGAGCCAUGGGGACGACCAAAGAAGUGCUGGCUGUGCCCAUGCUGCCUCCCAGAGCCACCAGUCGGCCUCACCGAGAGAAACCCCGAGCGCCUCAGCCGGCCGGCCCCAGCAGAGUCGCCUCCUCUCCUCUGCAGCACUCCUUCCUCACUGACGUCUCGGAUGUGAGAGAGAUGGAGGGAGGACUCCUCAACCUGCUCAAUGACUUCCACUCAGGAAAACUGCAGGCUUUCGGUAAGGUGUGUUCGUUUGAGCAGCUCGAGCACGUUCGGGAGAUGCAGGAGAAACUGGCUCGGCUCCACUUCAGCCUGGACAGCCAUGUCGAGGAGCUCUCUGAGGACCAGAGGAAAAGUGCUUCAGACCGCAACCUGGAGCACCUGCUCACAAAUCUGGAAGAGCUCAGCAGCUCCAUACAGAAGUUGCACCUGGCAGAGAAUCAGGACUUACCCAAGGCCUCUGAUCCCUGAGACCAAGAGCAGAGCAAACAAUCUGCCGGCAUCCCGGAGCUGCUGAUAUCAUCGCUACGCCUUCGAUCAGCUAAGCUAAAAAGAGCGGCAGAGAAGCUGACCGCAAAACGAGAAGCUCCAGCGGGACCGAGCACAAAACCGAGACAGCAACUCCUCGAUUUUUUUAUUUUUAUUUUUCCACAGACUGCCUCUGCUUUGCUCUUUAAAGCACUGUGACUUCUGAAUAUCUCGUUUGUUUUGGUUUUUAAAGGUAAUUUUCAGAAAGUUACUGAUUACGUCACAAAUGAUGUAAAUAGAUGUGCAUGAAUUUUGGAGGGGAAAUUCAACAUCUCUGGCGCUUCAGUGUGCCGAGAUUGCACACUUCUGUUUAUCUGAGCCAUUAAUGUUUAAGUUUAACAUGUCUUGAGGCAUUGAUGAAAUCCGUAACGGGAUCAAUGGCCUACGUUUGCCGUUCAUAUGUUCCUUCUUCUUUUUUCCAAAGUGACUAACAUGUGAGACAGGAUCCAGUACACAGUACACUUUCGUAUUUUGCCAUGAACUCACAGCCUUCUGGUGACUAGCACAGAGCGUCACCUGCUCCGUUAGCACAGCUAAAGUUUACUUUGUGCUUCAUCUUAACUGGAGAUUAGCUCAGGACUAAUGAGUCGGUGCCUCGUCUGUUUGUAGCACAAAACAAGAGAAUUUUAUUUCAAGAAAUGGACUUAAAGUAACAGUUGAGCCCGUAGUUCAGAAAUGAAUAUUGCACAGCAAUAUUACUACUUGACACCAAAUCAGCAAAAAAAAACCUAUCCGGUGCCUGUAGUAUUCUAGUCAGGUUUCUCCUCUUAGCUAACAAGAAAUCAAAUUCUGUUCUGUCUCAUGUACAAUCUUUCCUAUACAUUUGGCUCACUCAGAUAUAUGGUUUAUAGCACGUCUAGGAGCAUGAACGAACGGUUACGGCGUAGCUGAAUGCUGUAGACGGCUAAUGUUAGACAAAUGGAAUAUUUCAGUUUGGUUUUCGCUCCAAUCCCAGACUCCUAACCUUUAGAAGCUUGAGUAGCAAACAAUAAUAUAGCACGUAUUUACAGGAACAAGUCUGCUCUAGACUUCUAUUUUGUUGUUAUCUGCAUUAGCAUCGUAGAUCUCAAACACCUAGCAUGUCUCGAUUGACCAGUGAGAAACGAUCAAAGGGAACAUUAUGUACAUUAACUUAUUUUUGCGAGAAAACUGAAACAUAGACAAAGGUUUAGAUCUACGGUUUAAUUUUAAAAGCAGUUUAUCAGUCAGGUUUAGAAAACUGAGCACUAUUUUAUGAAGAGGACAGAUUAAAUAAAUAAAUUAUUACUGUGAAGGGGAAAAAGGUCAUUUUCUAAGUGGUUUAUUUACAGAAAUUGUAGUAGCUUGAUAUUCAUGUUGAAGUAGAAGUCGCUAGGCUACUAAUCUGACUGAAUGCUCUUGUAGCUGAGGACGCUUUAGCGAUGUUCUGUUUAUUUAUUCGACAGACUAUCUAUCUGGUAGUCAAGAGCUCAUAACCUUCUGGCCGCUAACAAAGAAGCCAAGCCGCUGUCAUAUUUACACCUUUGUUUUAAAUGUAUGUGCUUUUCUAAGCGAUAAAUGAUUACGUUUUUGUCAUUCCCAUUAAGCAAGAUGUGUUUUUUUCAUCAGUUUAGCUGUGAAGUAGUUUACAUUUUGAAAUGAAAAAAAAAAUAAAGUUUAGAUUUAAUACA